CGAUGGCACAUCUGAAGCUCAAAAACGUGACGACCAAGUACUACCGGGUCAAUCUUGGACAUAUGAGUGGGAACUUAGAGCAAAUUUUGGUCCGACCGAUGAUGAUGAAAAUUGUAUUGGAGUUCCUUACUCCUCACAUCAUAGAGCAUAUAAAGAUAGGGAUACUGGUUUGGUAGGAAUGAUGGUGGUUUGCAAACCAGGAAUUUUACGGAAAGAUGGCAGUCGCGUAGAUGUUAACAGGGAAUAUGUUUUGUUCAUGGGUGCCGUUAACGAAAGCAACAGCUGGUUGAUAGAAAAAAAUGUACAUCGCUGUGGAAACCCUGCUGAAUGUAGAUCCUUAGUGAAGUGUGGGAAUAAAGACUUUAUUGAUUCUACUGUAUAUCAACAGAUAAACGGGUAUAUUUAUGGAAAUGGUCCGGAUUUUGAAGUUUGUUCUGGAGAGAAGGUGGUUGUUUAUGCCUUUGGAAUUAACACUGGAAUACAAACAUUUACAAUUUACGGAGGAACACAAUCAUGGGUAAAUAAAAGAUCUGGGGGCAUUAGUAUACAACCUGGAAUUGCUAAAGUAAUCAGUGUUAAUCCAGAAGGUACUGGACGUUGGUUGAUGGGUAAUACCAAUCUCCACAGUUUUCAAAAUGGUAUGUUUGCAUUUGUGAAAGUCAACCAAUGCCCAUGGAUAAAACCACUUACAACAAUACCUUCCGGUAAAACUGUUCGGAUUUAUAUGGCAGCUGAAGACAUUAUAACUCGCUCUACACCAAAUGGUAUAUUAGCUAGAGCAGGUCAGCUAACAAAGAAAAGAGCUAUACGAGAACAGAAAUUUCUUAAUGCAGGAAAUAUACACCACGGACGAUUUACACAGUAUACCGAUGGAACAUUUACAACUCCUGUCGCAAAAACUGCAGAAACAGAACAUUUUGGCGACUUUGGACCACACGUUUAUGCGGAAGUUGGUGACGUCUUGGAAGUUGUUUUGAAAAACAAAUUAAGGAAUCGAAAAGCUUCUUUUGUUCCUGUAGGCAUUGAUAUUGAAAAAAAAUUUGAAGGAAUUUUAUAUAGAAACAAUAGAAAAAGUAAGAAAUUAUGCGGUCGUCUUACCAUGCCAGGAGAGACAAAAUUAUAUAGGUUCGUAAUUCGGGAUAAUGUUUCGCCAAAUUCUAAGUCUGGACAGCGGUGCUUUUCCUCAUUCUAUCAUUCUGCAGGCGAAGGGUAUGCCGAAGAUGUUAAUUUUAGAUUGACAGGACCAUUGACUAUAUGUAAACGUGGAGGAUUAUCAUGUAAGGGAAAACAGGUUGGAUUUGACAAACAGUUUUUCCUUCAAGCAGCAGUUUACAACACAAAGACAAGUUUGGGUACUCCAUUUAGAGGGAUGCAUCCUGUUCAUAGGCCGACGAAAGUUACACGAUUUCCAACAAUAAAUGGGUUGCAGUAUGGAAAUGUCAAAGGACUGGAAAUGUGUGCUGGCGAAACAGUCAUAUUUUGUAUCUUAGGAUUUGCAGGGUGUAAAGAUAUGUAUCAGUCUAUAAUCUUUGAGGGUAACAGUGUGGGAUAUAAUGGACAGAAUGUCGAUGCACUAACUGUUGGGAAUGGAGAAGCAGUCACAGUUACCAUGACACCGGAUAAUAUUGGGAUUUGGCUGAUUAAGAGUGGUCAGACAAAUUUACAAGAAGAUGGAAUGGUCGCUAAAUACAUUGUUAAAGACUGUGGACGCAAACCAUAUGUUCCAAAGUCAAUUCGGCCAGUUGGUAAACUAUGGAGAUAUUACAUAGCUGCUGUACCUGUUGAAUGGGAAUAUGCUCAAAGAAAAAUUCAUCCUGUCACACUUGAAGAUCUUCGAAAUCCAAAAACGGAUGGUCAUUUAUAUGUAAGGAACACUAAAAAAUUCAUUGGAACAACAUAUACCAAAGCGGUUUACAGAGAAUUUACCGACGCUUCAUUUAAGCAUUUAGUUAAACGAAGUUUUAGAGACUACCAUCUGGGAACUAUGGGACCAUUCGUCCGAGUUCAAGUUGGCGAUACCCUUGAAAUAGUAUAUAAGAAUAUGGUUAAUUUUCCAAAUACAAUCAAUAUGAGAAAUCUUAAAGGCGAUAACCACAUGGUUCGUGCUCAAUCAGAAAAUGGUGUUCCACCUGGUCAAACUGCAACUUUUAGAUGGUAUGUUCCAGAAAGAUCGGGUCCUUGUGCAAAUGACCCGAAUUGCGUUGGGCGAUCCUAUGAUUCUACAACUAAUCCUCUGAAAGACUCUAAUACUGGCCUUUUCGGACCUUUGGUUGUUUGUAGAAAAGGCGUACUUGAUAAGAAUGGUAACAGGAAUGAUAAUGUUGAUCGUGAGUUUGCUGUUAAUUUUCAGACCUACGAUGAAACAAAGAGUCACUUUUUCAAGUUAAAUACUCGCUUAUACGCACCUGGCCGAAAAGAUUGUGAUGAUCCAGCUUUUGUCGAAUCAAACCAAAUGCACGCAAUUAAUGGAUUCAUCUAUUUCAAUACACCUGCAAUGAAUAUAUCUGUCGGAGAACAGGUUUCUUGGUAUAUUAUGUCAAGUGGGGACAAAAAUUCUCAGCAUUCCGUAAAAUUCAAUGGCCAAGCACUUACUACGAACGUGUGUGGUAACACCAAACGCACAAGUGUAAUAAGUAAUGAGGCAGGAACAUCUAUUACAGCAGAAAUGUUAGCUGACCAUGCUAGUACAUGGCUAUUGAGUGACCAUGUAGGUGAAAAUAUGUGGAAAGGUGCAAUGGCAACCUAUACCAUCGCCGAAGAUCGUAAAUUCCAUAAAUCCAAUUUAGGUUAUAAACAAAUGGUCCACAUUUGAGCAGUCAAAAACAUGAACAAAGUGUCAUUUAUUUGUCUUUUUUAGCAUAUUAGGAAGACAACGUAUCAAACCAAACAAAAUUAAGUUAAAAAAAAAGACAUUAAGAGCUUGAAAUACAAAAAUAUCUGGAAUAAAAUUAUAGUAUACGAA